GUCUCCCCGGGGGGGGGCAGCGCGAGAUCCCAGGUGUGUAAAUAACUUCACGUUAAACACCGAGUGUCGCCCCGUACAGGAGCCAUCUUGCUGGGUGGGCACACGCAGUGUCGGCAGAGACCGAUGUUUUUCGCACGCUUUCGUGGAAAAUCUCUUCGAGGAAGCAAGUGUUUCGUUAUAUAAAUAUACUUGCAUCGAGGAAAGCUACGAGCCUGAUCAGCGCGCGCGAGGCGACACCUGGCGGUCGAUCGGCAAGUCUCGCGGACGUGCAUUCGAAAAAUGGCCGACAGCGGGGAUGGUGUGAACAGCACGUCGUCCGGGAAAGAAACGAGAAACACACUUGCCGAUGGCCCGGUCACCGAUCCGGCGUCCAGCAUGAAGAGCCUAGAGGCAUCAAAUAAUGCCUUUCACGGCGCGAGAACAAAAUUAGAUUCGAAAUCUGGAGCGCUAAAGAAGUCCAGCCGUUACCGGAGCCGCUCCUUGUCGGCCAGCAGCACCGAUAGUUACAGUUCUGCCUCUUAUACAGGAAGUUCAUCUGAUGAAGACGACGUUUCGCCGCGCGAGAAGAUCCAGAAGACGGAGAAGGGCUUCACAGAUUUCUGUGUUCGCAACAUCAAUCAGCAUGCUUUCGGUCGCAGAGAGAUCGAGAUCGCCGAGCAGGAAAUGCCAGGAAUCAUGGCGCUGCGGAAACGCGCAGCGGACGACAAGCCAUUGAAAAACGCCAAGAUUGUGGGAUGCACUCACAUUAACGCGCAGACUGCCGUUCUGGUUGAGACACUAGUGGAACUGGGCGCACAGGUGCGGUGGGCGGCGUGCAACAUUUAUUCUACACAAAAUGAAGUGGCUGCUGCGUUGGCGCACGCUGGAUAUCCGGUGUUUGCAUGGCGUGGUGAAACGGAGGAGGAUUUUUGGUGGUGCAUCGACAAGUGCGUAGCAGCUGAGAAUUGGCAGCCUAACAUGAUACUGGACGAUGGCGGUGACGCUACCCACUUGAUGCUCAAGAAAUAUAACGCUAUGUUCAAAAUGAUUCAAGGAAUUGUCGAAGAGAGCGUAACAGGUGUACAUAGAUUAUAUCAAUUGUCAAAGGCAGGUAAAUUGUCUGUUCCCGCGAUGAAUGUGAAUGACAGUGUGACCAAGACAAAAUUCGAUAAUCUGUAUAGCUGCCGCGAGAGCAUCAUUGAUAGUUUGAAAAGAUCCACAGAUAUCAUGUUUGGCGGUAAACAAGUUGUAAUAUGCGGUUACGGAGAGGUUGGGAAAGGGUGUUGCCAAGCUCUCAAAGGUUUAGGUUGCAUUGUAUACAUUACCGAGAUCGAUCCCAUAUGUGCUCUGCAAGCCAGCAUGGACGGCUUUAGAGUGAUGAAACUCAAUGAAGUCAUACGAAAUGUAGACAUUGUCAUUACAGCGACGGGCAAUAAGAACGUGGUCACGCGUGAACACAUGGACAAAAUGAAAAACGGAUGCGUCGUGUGCAACAUGGGUCACAGCAACACGGAGAUAGACGUUAACAGUUUACGUACGCCCGAUUUGACUUGGGAAAAAGUGAGAUCGCAAGUGGAUCACGUUAUUUGGCCGGAUGGUAAGCGUAUAAUACUGUUGGCGGAGGGUCGUUUAGUAAACUUGUCAUGCUCGAGUAUUCCAUCCUUCGUGGUGUCGAUUACUGCCGCUACGCAAGCGUUAGCCCUCAUCGAACUGUUUAAUGCGCCACCGGGACGAUACAAGAGCGACGUUUAUCUGCUGCCUAAGAAGAUGGAUGAGUACGUCGCGUCACUGCAUUUACCCACGUUUGACGCGCAUCUAACGGAACUGACGGACGAGCAGGCAAAAUACAUGGGCCUCAACAAGGCUGGUCCGUUUAAGCCUAAUUACUAUCGCUACUAAAAACCAAUGGACGAGUAAUGUGGCAUUGACUUAGCACAUGCGACACUCACUCAGCAUUUGACACACUUUCACAAGUAUUAAAACAAAAAAAAAGAACUACCCUUCCCCUUGACUUUGUAUCGAAGUUGGCUUUCUUUUUACCUCAUUGACGUCCAUUCUCUGUUGUCAUAAAAUCGAUAAAAGAUUUUUAUUUAUGGUUCAACCUUCGUCGAGAUAUCCGCGCGACUUGAUUCCGUUGUCAUCGUGCUAAUCACCCGCAAGGAAUGCGUUAAUAAUGUCAUGAACAUAUUGAUCCAAGCAGUUACCCAAUAAUCAAUAUUAGAAAUCAUUAUCGGGGCUGGGCAAAGUAUAUUUGAAGAAAGCAUAAAAUAUAUAAGCUAGUUUCAACAUCUUGAUAUCUUAUAUAUUUUUUAAAAGUGUGUGCUUCAAAUAAUGUAUCUCUUGAAAAUACUCUGUCCAGUCCUAAAAUUUAGGUUUGAAUUUAUGUAUCUGAUUAAUUUUUAGUUUUCUUUCUGAAAAUGUACGAGUGUACAGUGCAUUCGUCGAGAUGAAUGGAGAGAAAAAAAAAGAAAUGUUUUGAAAAAUUAUCAGACGGUGCACGUCAACAAAACUAUGUGUGCAAAUCGUUGGACGAAUAUUGUAGAUACAAAUUCUGUAUAAUUUGCAAGCUGGUGCGAUAAAUAAAAUUGCAUCUGUCCGUUAGAUUUUACUUCCAGUAAACUGUAGCAUUAUAGUUUGUAAAUGAUACAAAUGUUUUUAAUAGUAUAUAUACAUAUAUAUAUAUAUAUAUAUAUAUAUAUAUAUAUAUAUAUAUGUAUAUGUAUAUACAUAUAUAACACAUGCAUAGGCAGAAAGAUCGAGAGCAUUAACAGAAAAAUAAUUAUAAAAUAAGAUUCAAUAAAAGUUUAUUGUUUUAUUCAAUUUUUUCUAGUGAGUUGAUAGCAUUUUUAAAUAAAAUAUCUCUGAAUGUUUGUAUUCUGUCUUGAACAUCUUCUGUACGUGUUAUAUAUAAAUUUAUAUACAUAUAUACGCGUAUCUAUUCUUUAGCAGUGAAUAUUACUGCAUAUUAGUCAAUGAAUUUAUUGUGUCCUUAUAUUAUAGUGAUGAAUUUACACAUACGGAUGUAUGUGUGUAUAUACGUGAGUGCGUGCGCGCGCGCGUAUGAGCCUGCCUCGUGAGAAACGAUAAACCAUCCGCUACUAUUUAUACAUCAUUCUUUCUUCGAGAAAAAGAUGCCGAAAUGCCAUAUUUUGUAGGCAAAUAAUCCAAAAACUCCAUGUAUAUAAUUAUUUACGAAAGGAGAGUAUACUAACACACGCGAAAAAUAGGCGAUAAAUUAUCAUAUAGAUUAUAGUCUGUUAAUCAUUGUUACCUUUGCCUUGCGUGCAACACAAGAAUUUGCAUACUCCACGUUUAUUAGAAAAAAUAAACGCCUAUCACAUUUAGAAGGAA